AUGGGUCCUCCUGCCCGCCCACCCCGGCCAUCCGCCAUAUCCCCACCCCCGGCAUGCGCCGCCACCGCGCCCGCUUCAAAGCCCGCCCCCGACGACGACGCUAGCCAUGUCAAGGCCUUCCUCCUGGGCUGCUUGAGGGGCCCCCAAGUCCUCCUCAAGAUGGAGGCCGUCAAAGUGGGCCGGCCAGAGAAGUUCCCCAAGCGCCCCCCCUGGCCGCCAGGCGAAGUCAUCGCCAACCAAUCCUGCACUGAGCUGGCUCCGCUCGACCCCAAGCAGCCGCUGCCCCCGCCGCCGCCACCGCCACCCUUCUACCCGUCCCCAGGCGAGGUCAUCGCCAACCAGUAUGCCCUUCCGGCCCCGCCGCCUCCCCACACAGAGCCCCUGGAGUGCCCCACCUGCGGCCACGCCUACAACGCCGCCCACAAGAGGCCCCGCCUCCUCUCCUGCCUCCACUCCGUCUGUGAGGAGUGCCUGCAAAUCCUUUACGAAUCGUGCCCGAAGUACAAAUUCAUCUCCUGCCCCACCUGCAAGCGCGAGACGGUCCUUUUCACCGACUACGGCCUGGCUGCCCUGGCCGUCAACGCCCGCAUCCUGGCCCGCCUGCCCGCCGAGGGCCCCGUACCCGGGCCCUCACCCUGGGGCCCCGAAUCCGGACGAGGCUGCUACCAGAGCUUCCGGCAGUAUUGCGGUGCCGCCUGCGCCUGCCGGGUCCGCAACCCCGUCUCCUCCUGCGCCGUCAUGUGACCGUCGGAUUCGCAAGGACGGGUACCGGGCCCCAUCAUCGGAUGGUUUCGGGGCUGUGUCCGUGGAGGAUCCAGAAGAAUAAGAAGAGUUUGGAUUUGAUAUCCCACUUUAUCACUCCCCGAAGGCGUCUCAAAGCGGCUCACAUUCUCCUUUCCUUUCCUCUGCCACAACAAACACUCUGUGAGGUGUGUGAGGCUGAGAGAAUUCAGAGAAGUGUGACCAGCCCAAGGUCACCCAGCAGCUGCAUGUGGAGGAGUGGGGAAGCGAACCCGGUUCACCAGAUUACGAGUCCACCACUCUUAACCCCUACACCACACUAGGAGGAUUUCUGGGCCCCGUCGUCAGAGUCUUUCCGGGCACCACAAAAUGGGACGCCAUCCUGGGACUAGUCCAGGGCUCUCUCUGUGGACGAUUUGGGACGGUUUUGGGGCCUGGCCCGAGGGGGUUCCAUCCUCGAGCGAUCGGCUGAGGGGGGAAAUUGGGGGCCCAGCUCACGGGCUCUCUCCUCUGAUUGAGAGCGCUGACAUGUGGUUGCACCUGCAAAUUUCGGCGGUGCCCGUGCAUGGCACCCUGGGGCACGGAGGGGACGAAAGGAGGGCUGGUCACGUGCAAGAGAUGGACCCAACCUCUCAAGAUGGCUGACACGAUUGAGGGAGGGGGGCAGGCAGGAUACGUUUGAACCCAGGCUAUCGGUUUCACGGGAAGCUUUACUUAUGCUCCAAGUCUUGCCGGGGUUCGACGCGUUCCGGCGGGGGAAAGGCUGUUUAGAAGUUAAGCCCUCUAUGGGGGAAAGUGGGCUUGUCUGUCCUUCAAAGUCCUUUCCAAAUGCAGGGAGUUGCAGAAUGGGAUCCCUGGUGGUCAUCUAGAUUUACCCCGCCCACUUCCCUCUGCUCGUGACCCUUGUCCUGUUCUUGUGAAUGCCCUCAAUAAAGAUAUCUAUAUUCCUGGAGCUCAAGAGGUUUUGGGGUAGCGGGUGCGAGGGCAGGCGCCCCAAAGGACCCUGGGUGCUCCUUCUGGAGGGAGGGAGUAGAGUGCUGUGUGCAGAGGUCCUCUGAGGAAGUCCAGAGUGUGCCGCUCUCAGGAUUGGAAGAGUCAGAAGAGGCCAACCCCCGGAAUUCCAGCUCUUCAAUGACAGAAUGAUUGACAGGGAAGGGAUUCCAGGGUCCAGAGGCGGGGCGGUCUAUGGAAAGCUGGGCUGGUUUGAUAACCAAUCACAUGGGACUGGUUCAAUAACCAAGUACGUGGGGCCGAUCAAUAACCCAAGAAUGCUGGACGGAUCAAUAACCGAUAACAUGGGGCUGGUUUGAUAACCACUAAGGAGGGGAUGGAUCGAAAACCAAGAGCACAGGGCUGGAUUGAAAAUCAAUAACGCAGGGCUGGAUUGAUAAACCAGAAUGUGGGCCGCAUCCAUAACGUGGGGCCAGAUCAAUAACUAAAUAUUUAAAUAAUGGAUUUUAAAAUGGAAAUAUCUCAUUUGAGAUUUAUA